CAUUUCACAGGUAGCAUUACGUGACGUGAAUCGAGAACAAUGAAAGUAACACUCUUCUUGGCAUGUUUGGUGGCUGUAAUAGGUAUCGCCCUCUCAGUAUCAUGUACAAAUAACAAUCACUCCCAAUGCGCGCAUAUAAAAUGUGUACCAGAAGAUGAUUAUGAGCGUGCAUGCGUUGAUGGCACGUGCACCUGUAUUAUCAGCAGAUGUCAUGCAGCUGCCUGUACUGGAUCACCCCACAACUGCCACCACGACGCUGGCCGCCACGGCUGUAGCUGUCAUCAUGACUGGCAUUGCAUCGACGGCCAUUGUGCUUGUGGAUUCAAAGUUAUCGGUUAGAGACGAUGGAGGUAACAAUCCAGUGUUAAAAAUAAAACAUAAAUACCAAA